UGAAGGAUUUGUGUCAUGAUUUGGCGAAAAUCACACCACGGAGCUCAGCAAUUUCAACACGUUGAUAAGAGUUAUUUUGAAAACCUGUAAGGAAGGCUUUAUGAGUCGCAGCGGUUAGCGCGACAGUAUUGAUGGAUUCCACGGUCAGUUACUUUGAAGCGGAAUGCGGCCCUCGUAGCUUACAUUAAUUGUCAGACACUCAGGAGGUGCAGCAGCAGGUCAUGGCCGGCUUCAGGCAGGAGGAUGUUGAGCUCUACUAUGAGAUGGGAGAGGAGCUGGGCAGCGGGCAGUUUGCCAUCGUGCGGAAGUGCAAGGAGAAAAGAUCGGGCGUGGAGUACGCCGCCAAGCUCAUCAAGAAGCGCCGCCUGUCGUCCAGCCGGCGGGGCGUGAGCCGCGAGGAGAUCGAGCGUGAGGUCAACAUCCUGCGCGAGAUCCAGCACAGCAACAUCAUCACGCUGCAUGAUGUCUUUGAAAACAAGACAGACGUCAUCCUCAUCCUGGAGCUGGUGUCCGGCGGCGAGCUCUUUGACUUCCUGGCCGAGAAAGAGUCGCUGACCGAGGAGGAGGCCACGCAGUUCCUCAAGCAGAUCCUGGACGGCGUGCACUACCUCCACUCCAAGCGCAUUGCUCACUUUGACCUCAAGCCGGAGAAUAUCAUGCUGCUGGACAAGAACGUUCCCAAUCCCAGGAUAAAGCUGAUUGAUUUCGGGAUUGCCCAUCAGAUUAAAGCAGGGAACGAGUUCAAGAACAUUUUUGGAACGCCGGAGUUCGUAGCUCCAGAAAUAGUCAACUACGAGCCGCUGGGCCUGGAGGCCGACAUGUGGAGCAUCGGCGUCAUCACGUACAUCCUGUUGAGCGGCGCCUCGCCGUUCCUGGGUGACACCAAGCAGGAGACCCUCACCAACAUCUCGGCCGUCAACUACGACUUUGACGAGGAGUACUUCAGCAACACCAGCGAGCUGGCCAAGGACUUCAUACGACGCCUGCUGGUCAAAGAUCCCAAGAAGAGAAUGAGCAUUGACGACAGUCUGCAGCAUUCGUGGAUAAAGGUCAUCAAGAGACGCAACGUGCGCCCAGAGGAGCGAGACCACAAGCCCGAGCGGCGGCGGCUGAAGACCACCCGCCUGAAGGAGUACACCAUCAAGUCCCACUCCAGCAUGCCGCCCAACAACACCUACGUCAACUUUGAGCGCUUCUCCCAAGUCCUGGAGGAGAUCGCUUCGGCUGAGGAGGGCCUGAAGGACCUGGAGCGCAACCAGCGCUCGUGCCGCGAAGAUGUGGCCGCCCUGCUCUCCAUCUACGAGGAGAAGGAGUCCUGGUACAAGGAGGAGAGCCAGAGCAUCUCCGGCGACCUGAGCGGCAUCCGCCAGGAGCUGCAGCGCACGCAGGCCCAGCGCAAGAAGAGCCAGGAGGACGCCCGGCUGGCCACGCAGUCCGCCAACAUCCUCAAGCGCAAGUUCGGACGCCUGGAGAGCCGCUAUGAGUCACUGGCCGAGCAGGUGGCCUCGGAGGUGCGCUGGGUGGAGGAGCUGGUCCGCUCCAUUUCCGCCGAAAAGGACCGCCUCGGCUCCGGCAGCACGCCGUGAGCUCAGCGACUCUUUGAUUCCUCACAUAACUCGGGAGUACGGAGGGCACCAUCCUCCCAUUAAAGAGGGCUCCUUAGUGUACUGUACAUUAAUUUAUUCUUUUUACGCCACAUUUUAUGUACUGUACUUUUACUCCUCACUUACGCUGUAUUUUUACACCGCAUUUUCUAACUGUCAGGAUGUUCUCGUGUUUUUCAUAGCCGCCGCAUGCGUUCGGGGACGCAUUGAAGCCUUCAGUGUGCAGACAGCCAUGCAUUGUUAGCAUCGCAGCGCUUUCAACCAUCACAUUGUUUUGCUCAGUGUCUUGAAACUUUUGCACAGUCGCCUUUUAAACGUUGUGUAAAUUUUUUAACGUUUGUCAUCUUUGCACACCUCAAACAUUCCAUUGACCUUUUACAGAUUCCAUAAUGCCCGCCCCCCUACUCUACAUGUAUUCAUUGGCACUUGAUUUAAUUAUAGCAACGUUCCAAAAUAUUUUUAAAAUCAAUCUCUUAGCUGUAAAGAGCUGUAAAAAUGAACAGGUGCAGCUUAUUCCAAAUAAAGUUUUAUCUGUAACUUGUGUUUGUUGUUGUGUUAAAAGGCGUAGCUGGUUAGUAGUAGUAGUAGUAGUAGUUAGUAGUUUCAAUCAUACUGUAUAUUGCAUUUGUAAUGUAUUUUUUAAAACCGGUUUCAUCAGUGCCCUACGGUGGCGGUUUAUCAGAAUCCACAAAGAUGUACUUUUUGCUAAUCAACUUUGGUGUCCUUUCCGAUGAAACUAUAACGCCCAUUCGUUCCUGGUGCCGCCUAUUACCUGACUUGGAUCUCAGUCAAAGCCAGCCUCAAUCAGGUCGUUGGUGUGGUCUAAUAUAUGGAUUGGCCUGUCUAAAACGGGGUGUUGAGUGCUGUUUAAUGCUUGGAUGCUGAACUAAGAAACUCACAUUCCUUCCGGUGUCCUUAUAUUUGUAUUAAUAUAACUCAACAAUAAUAAACAAUGAACAAACGAGAAUACUUAAAUCCAAAAGUAUGUGGAGAUAAUUACGGAA